GCCAUAAGAUGGCGAGACUGAGGAUACGUCUGGACGUUGUCGCCGGUCUGCCGCUGACGUCUGUGAUCGCGUGUCUGUGUCUGUUCACCCUAACAUCUGUUAUCGGUGCUGUUGUAGCGACUUACCCUCUUAGACUCGUUGAUGGCGAGGAGACAUCAUCUGCUGUUACUGGACGUUUGGAGGUGUUCUAUAACGGUACAUGGGGAACCGUGUGUGAUGAUGGUGUGACUGAUAUCACUGCUUCCACUCUUUGUCGCAUUCUUGGACACAGCAGCAGUGGCUAUGCAGUCAACCGGGCAGGCACUGGGUUGAUCUGGUUGGAUGAUGUGGUGUGUGCAGGGAACGAGACUCGCAUAUCCCAGUGCUCUCAUCUUCCUUGGGGAGAAAAUAACUGUGGGCAUCACGAAGACCUCGGUUUAUUAUGUUCAAACGAUACAACAGAAAGAAUCAGGCUCGUAGGUGGACAAAAAACAGCAACCAGUCUAAGCGGACGUUUGGAGGUUUUCUACUUCGGUGUAUGGGGGACCGUUUGUGACAACAACUCCAACAAACGCACAGCCAAUACUCUUUGCCGCAUUCUUGGCUACAGCCAUGGCUAUUCGGUCCGUCGAGCAGGGUUUGGUGAAGGUUCUGGGUUUAUUUUGUUGGACGAUGUGGUUUGUUCAGGGAACGAAACUCGCAUAUCUCAGUGUUCACAUGCUCCUUGGGGAAAUAAUAAAUGUAGGCAUGGCCAAGACCUUGGUUUGGUGUGCACUAACGAUACAACAGUUGCAGAAAAAAUCAGGCUUGCAAAUGGAUCAACGACAGCAACCACUCUAACCGGACGACUGGAAGUUUCCGCCUUCGGCAUAUGGGGAACCGUUUGCGACGAUAAAUUCAACAAACUCAGUGCCAGUACACUUUGCCGCAUUUUCGGUUACAGGGAUGGCUAUCCAAUCAACGGAGCGUUUGGAGCAGGUACCGGAGUAAUCUGGUUGGACGAUUUGGCGUGUUCAGGGAACGAGGCUCGCAUAUCCCAGUGUUCUCAUCGUCCUUGGGGAGAGAAUAACUGUGGGCAUAGCGAAGACAUCGGCUUGGUCUGCUCAAACGAAAGAACAGAAAGAAUCACACUGGUCAAUGGAUCAAAAACAGCAACUAGUCUAAGCGGACGUUUGGAGGUUCUCUACUCAGGUGUAUGGGGGACCGUUUGUGACGGGAGAUCCGAUAAACUCACUGCCAAUACUCUAUGCCGCAUUCUUGGCUACAGCCGUGGAUAUCCGGUUAACAAUGCUGGGUUUGGAGCGGGUACUGGGGUAAUCUGGUUGGACGAUGUGGCGUGUUCAGGGAACGAGACUCGCAUAUCCCAGUGUUCACACCGUCCUUGGGGGGGAUACAUAUGUAGGCACGAUGAUGACCUCGGUUUGGUCUGUUCAAACGAUACUACAGAAUCUUAUCCUCUUAGACUUGUUAAUGGCGAGGAAUCUUCGUCUGGUGUUACUGGACGUUUGGAGGUCUUCUACAGCGGUACCUGGGGAACAGUGUGUGAUCAUCGUGUGAACGCAGUGACGGCAAAGACUCUUUGUCGCAUUAUUGGAUACAGAUAUGGCACUGCAGUUAGGCGAGCAGGGCUUGGAGCAGGUACUGGGAUCAUCUGGUUGGACGAGGUGAAGUGUUCUGGGAACGAGACUAGCAUAUCUCAGUGUUUCACACCGUCCUUGGGGGAAUAACAGUUGUCUUCACAAUGAAGACCUCGGUUUGGAAUGCUCAAAUGUUUUAACAGUAACUCCCAUUCGGCUUGUUAACGGGAGUCGAGGAACAAACAGUCUCAGUGGCCGACUGGAGGUCUACCACAAGAACACAUGGGGCACGGUUUGUGACAACAUUUUCGACCACAGCGCAGCCAGAACUAUCUGUGGGCUUUUGGGAUUCAGCGAAGGAGUCGAAUUGCCGAAUGCGUAUUUUGGACAAGGGACUGGACAGAUUUGGUUGAACGAAGUUCGUUGUUCUGGGAACGAGACUGUUAUAUCAGAGUGCUCAACUUGGGGGUGGGGAAUUCACAACUGCCGUCACAACGAGGACGUGAGUUUGGUCUGUUUUAACCCAAAUCCCCAGGAGGAGCUAUUGACCAGACUGGUUGACGGCCAUCGGAGCCCAAACUAUCUCACCGGGCGCCUGGAAAUAUUCAAUGGUGGACUCUGGGGCACGGUGUGCGAUGAGGGCUUUGGUCCGUUCUCUGCUCCUGUAAUCUGUCGUAGUCUGGGCUAUAGAAAUGGGAAUAAGGUUCCCCGAUCCAGAUUUGGAACAGGAAAUGGGCCAGUAUGGAUGGACAACGUACAAUGCUUAGGAAACGAAACUAACAUCUCACAAUGCCUUCGUGGAAACUGGAGAAAUACUUCCUGCACCCAUUACCACGAUAUAGGAUUAUACUGUUACAACACACCAUUUACAGGGUCAGUAGAGACAAGACUUAUGUUUGGACGGAGGGGUUCCGACUGGCAGACCGGCCUAAUUGAGGUUUACUUCGCCGGAGAAUGGGGGAGAGUCUGCGCUGAAAGGUUCAACAACGAAACCGCCUUUGUUGUCUGCC